AGCAUCUCCUUCAAUAUACGAAUUCUAUUCCCACGUUCUCUCUAUAUUACUCUUUCAUCAAACGUUAAACCCCUAAAAACAAUAAAGGAGAAAGACAAGAAGAGAGACCAAAGAAAGAAAAAAAAAACAGAAACAAUGUCUUAUUCUUCCCUCAAACUGCCAAUCUUUCUCAUUCUCUCAUCUCUUCUCCAUGCCGCUUUAGGAGAGGGGAUUAUUUGCGAGAAUCUGCCAACGGGUAUGUGUGCGUUCUCGAUAUCGGCUUCAGGGAAAAGAUGUUUAUUGGAGACAGCUAACGUCGCAGGAGAAUACACUUGCCGGACUUCCGCGGUGGAGGUUGAAGGGAUUGUAAACCACGUGGAGAGCGAUGAGUGUGUAGCUGCUUGUGGGGUUGAUCGGAAAACCGUAGGGAUCUCGUCGGACGCAAUGAUGGAGGCAGGUUUCGCCGCUAAGCUUUGCUCUCCGGCUUGUUUGGAUUAUUGUCCUAACAUUCUUGAUCUUUAUUUCAAUCUCGCCGCCGGUGAAGGUGCAUUUUUACCUGAUCUGUGUGAUGCUCAACGGAUUAACCCCCACCGUUCCAUGUUGGAAAUGCUCAGUUCCAGUGCGGCUCCUGGGCCUGUUUCCGAGACUGCUCCAGGCCCUGACUCCGACACCUCAGCCCCUGCUCUAGCUCCGGCUGCUAUGUAAAAGUAAUGUUACUAAUUUCACGUGUGUCAUGAUUUAUAUAUGUUUAAUAUUUUGAUUCAUAUGAGAGAGCAGAUGAUACAGAGUGAGUUUGAUUAUUGGUUCUGUUUCUAAAAUUUUUCCCAUAUAAUAAGAACUUUUGUAAUAUCA